AUGGCGACGUGCUCGAGUGAUCAGAGUGUCAAGGUGUGGGAUAAAAGUGAGAAUGGAGAAUGGAACUGCACUGCAAGCUGGAAGACACACUGUGGAUCCGUAUGGCGAGUGACUUGGGCACAUCCAGAGUUUGGACAAGUUUUGGCUUCGUGCUCGUUUGAUAGGACUGCAGCUGUGUGGGAAGAGAUUGUUGGAGAGUCCAAUGACAAACAGAGAGGACAGAGCCAUUGGAUAAAGAGGACGACAUUGGUAGACAGUCGAACUUCAGUGACCGAUGUUAAGUUUGCUCCUAAACACAUGGGUCUGAUGCUCACCACUUGCUCUGCUGAUGGUGUGGUGAGGAUCUAUGAAGCCCCUGAUGUCAUGAACCUGAGCCAGUGGUCCUUGCAGCAUGAAAUCUCCUGUAAACUCAGCUGCAGCUGCAUCUCCUGGAACCCUUCCAGCUCGCGAGCCCAUCCUCCAAUGUUUGCUGUGGGGAGCGAUGACAACAAUGUAUCAUAUGGUGGAAAGGUUCAGAUCUACGAGUAUAAUGAGAAUACAAGGAAAUACGCCAAGGCAGAAACUCUAAUGACAGUCACAGACGCAGUUCAUGAUAUUGCUUUUGCUCCGAACUUGGGAAGGUCUUUUCAUGUCCUUGCUAUUGCGACAAAAGACGUCCGAAUAUUUAAGCUGGUGCCUUUAAGAAAGGAGAGCACAUCUUCAGGAUCCACUAAGUUUGAGGUGCAGAUUGUGGCUCAGUUUGAUAACCACAACUCCCAGGUGUGGAGAGUAAGUUGGAACAUCACCAGCACUUUACUUGCAUCAUCUGGGGAUGAUGGAUGUGUGCGACUAUGGAAAGCGAACUACAUGGACAACUGGAAGUGCACAGGGAUCCUCAAAGGUGAUGGCAGUCCCCUCAGUGGUUCCUCUGGUCAGCCCACAGCCAUGAGCACUGUGAUGGGCUCCUCUCUCCAGUCUCAAAGUGCCAUCAAUGGCAUGUCUGCAGGAAGGUAUUUCUUUCCUGCUCUGGAUUCUCCCAGGAUUGGGAGCAGAUGCGGACAACUUCUGCCUCCUCCUUCUCUUAUUGAGAACUGUGAUGUAGAGCCUCAAGUCCAGCCUCAAGGACAGCUGCAGGUCUACAGAGUGGCGUUUACCAGACAGAAGAGUCAUCAGACACAGUCACCGCUGAGUAACGUGGGCCAUGAACUGUACCUGAGUUGA